AUGAGUAAAAAUGAAAUACAGCACAUUUUUUCGAGAGAACGAUAUGGCAAUGAAAUUAAAGACGUACAAAAUGGUCACCAAGUGAAGAAAACAAGUACACUAAGGCAUCUCGAUCCCUUCCUCGACAGCGAUGGUCUUCUUCGAGUGAAAGGGCGAUUAGAAAAUUCACUUUUAUCAUAUAAUCAAAGACAUCCAAUAAUUUUACCAAAACACCAUGUAAGCAAGCUCAUAUUUGAAUAUCAUCACAAAGUGUUGCUUCACAGUGGUGCUCAAACUAUACUAACAGUUAUACGGUUAACUUAUUGGCCAAUCAAUGGAUUGACAAUCGCAAAACAAACAUACCGAAAGUGCAUAAAGUGUGCAAAAGUUACCCCACGGCCAUAUACACUAUACAUGGGAAACUUGCCAGCACAACGUAUAACACCGUCACGUCCAUUCACAAUUGUUGGGAUAGAUUUCGCCGGACCAUACUUUGCAAAGGAACAAUUGAGACGCAAAAUCCAACCACGUAAAGUGUACCUAGCGUUAUUUAUCUGUUUUGCCACAAAGGCAGUACAUCUAGAAAUGGUCACUGAUUUGACGACAGCUGCUUUUAUAGCUGCGUUUAUCCGAUUCUCUAGUCGCAGAGGGUGCCCCACAGAAAUCCAUAGUGACAACGGUAGAAAUUUUGUCGGUGCGCAUAACGAAAUGAUGAAAUUCACACAUACUCCAACAUUUCAAAAUGAAAUCAAUCACAUUAUAACGUGGAAAUGUAUACCUCCAGUCAGCCCACAUUUUGGAGGGAUUUGGGAAGUUUCGAUAAAAUCAGCUAAGACACUAAUCAAACGCGUUAUUGGAUUAACUAUAUUAACGUUUGAAGAACUGCAAUCAUUGUUCGCACGGGUUGAAGCAUGUCUAAACUCCAGACCGCUAACGUCAAUCUCUUCAGAUGAAAGUACUCCAUUAAUCUUAACACCUGGUCAUUUUAUCAUCGGUGCACCUAUCACAGCUCAACCAGAAACCAAUUACGGACCUAACACAAUGAUACACCAUCCAAAAAAUCGAUGGGAACAUUUGCAAUUGAUGAUGUAUCACUUCUGGAAAACAUGGUCACAGCAAUACUUACAUUCACUCCAAACCAGGCAAAAAUGGAAUAGCCACACCUCCAAUCCAAAGCCGGGAGACAUUGUACUAAUAAUGGACAACAAUACUCCACCACUAAGCUGGAAAAUGGGUAGUAUAAAAACCUUACACCCAGGCAACGAUGGAGUGGUUCGCGUAGCCACAAUUCAAACCACAAACUCACUGCUCAAACGUUCCCUUACAAAAUUAUGCCCACUCCCAAUUUCUUCUCCUCCUGAAGUCUUCACUCCUUCAGGCCCGGCACCAUGUUUAGUAAAUCCUGAACGUAUGUAA